UGGGAGGCCCGUGUGUACUCGCUGUUUUGGCUCCGUAGCCAAUCAGAGAGCGCGCUCGGGUUUGUUGUUGGUGAUGAUGACAUGAGAUAUUUGUUGUUACUGGAAGGCGAGCGCGAGCGAGGAGAGAGCGUGAAGGAAGAAGGGCCUGGCAGCGACGCUCGCUUUCAACCAACACACACGCAUCGUACCGGAGCUUUCCGUUCACGGGAGUCGCGGAGGAGCGAACAGCGGCGAUGUCGGUGAAUAUGGACGAGCUGAGACAUCAAGUGAUGAUCAACCAGUUUGUUUUGACCGCGGGCUGCGCGGCGGAUCAGGCGAAGCAGCUUCUGCAGGCGGCGCACUGGCAGUUCGAGACGGCUCUGAGCUCCUUUUUCCAGGAGGCUAACAUCCCCAGUCAUCACCAGAUGAUGUGCACUCCACGCAACACUCCUGCUACGCCGCCCAACUUCCCCGAUGCCAUCACUAUGUUCUCCAAGCUUCGGACGUCUGAAUGCACAGGCGGCAGCGGAGCCGGCGCUUCGGCCCAGGUGUCUAUGGCGUGUUCUCCUCCUCCUCCCCACUCCUCCGCACAGGGAUUCGGCUCUUUCUGGGCCUCCUCGCCCCCCAACCACCAGCCUGUCUGGCUGCCGCCGUCCUCUCCCACAGGCCACCACGCGCUCCACCACCACCACCAUCACAUGCACCAGCCGCCCACGUGGCCACCCGUCUCGCAGCCUGCCAACGGCCAGCAGACACCCGUCAUUUCAGCCCUGCACGGCCAGAGAUGAGACUCCGCGGCGGGGAGACGUGGAGAGGGCCGGAGGUGUAAAUUGGGGUGAGGAUACAUGGUUUAACAGGGCGGGAAUAUACUCACUGAGACUUUGGAUGGCCAAGGGGGAAAGACGUGGUACUCUUUCUUUCAGUUUUCUAAAGAUGAACAAUCUCUCUUCUUUUGGAGAUCUCGUUUUGAUCUUUUACCUAUUGUCGAUUUCAUUUCUGUCCAAACCUGGGAAGAACCACUAUGAGAAAAAAAUAAAUUAUGGAAGUUAUUAAGAGGUGUUAAGAGUCCCAAAGAAGCCUCUUUUGUUUCACUAUCCAACAGCGAAAGAAAGCCACGGAGUCGUCAGCAGUGGACGAUCAGGACGAAUGUGUGCGUGUGAAUCUUCGUUCGUUUGCCAUAUUCGGACUCUCUCCUCCUUUGUAGCGCUGUGUCGGCAACAAGCACUCGCAAUAAAACAGCUGACAAACAACAAGACUGAAUCACAUAUCAUGGUGGUCGUGCUGUUCUGCAUCCCAGGAAGCAUCAGGAGGACGUUUCUGUAUAACUAGUGUCUGAGUUCUUAACAGAGGCUGUUAUGAGAUGAUUAAUCACCUUUUAUUUGUUCGAAAUGCACAUUUUCAAGUGUGUCGAGUUGAAUUUAUUCAGAAUCAACAAAAACUAUUGGUCCAGAUAUAAAUGGAAAAAUCAGGAAGAGUUUGCAAUAAUCCUGGUCAGAAAGUUUAUUCUCGUUUUAUAAAUUCGCAACUUUUAGCAUGUUUGCGGUUAAAUCAGGAAAGCUUGUUGUGUUUAAACUAAAAUCGUCAUGGAGGAAUACAGACUCAAGUUCAAAAAAAUUUUUUUUUGUUUGUUUUUUCCACCCCCAAGAACUAAAAAUGCUAGCAGACUCUUGUAAAGACCUGAGCGGUCUGAUGUUUGGAGGUCCAGCACAGCCGGCGUAGUAAAGCUCAGCUCCACCUACCUCAGCUCCAGCCGUGGCCUGAUCCUACCUCCGGCGGCUGAAUGGGCUCUCUGUGCGAGCUGCUGCGACCGAGGGCUCAAAUACCUCACGCUCUCUGCCGCACGCGCUGUGUGGAAGCGACGAGACGUCUCCGUGGACGAGGACUGAUCUGGUGUCACACAUUGGCGUUUGUGUUGUACUGAUUGUAAUAUAAUCGAGCGGGAAGGCUGACCCUAGAUCAGGACAUCGAUUGUCAGUGGUUUUCUGAGAUGACUUGUUUCUUUAGUUUCGCAUGAUGUAACCUUCCCUUCAUUCGUUCAUCUUAGACAAUCACUUUUGCCGUCUUGCGGUUUGAAUUUGUGGUUUAGUAUGGACCUCAGUCAGACUGGACGCCAUAUUUAAUGUGAAGUAAACGAGGCUCUGAGGAGAUAAAUGUAAUUUUUUUUUUUUUUUUUUGUUCUGUUACACCAGUUGUUUAGUUGAUGAAACAUGCCCCAAAAACUUCUGAAUUUUUUUUUUUGGACAAAAUUACUAUGUGAAUUAUUCAUAGCAAUUAAGCAAUAUUGCAUAAAUUUACAUUUCAGUUUAAGUAAGAAUGGAUUAAUGAACAAUGCUUACAGGAUUUGUUUUCAGCUUGUUUCAUACAAAUUUUGCCAAGAAUUGAUUUGUGAACCAUUUACACAUUCUUAGUUAAACUGUCAUUAUAUAAAUAACUAAACAACAAGCAAAACAAAUUUGUGUUCAGAAAUCCAUUCUCCGUUAAAUCAACGCUAUCUCAUGACCAAUUCGUAUGUAUUUUACAAGGUGGCUAAUUCGUACUAAUUUGUACAUCCUCAUUCGUAUGAUUUUGUUUGAUAUCUGUGAGGGUUAAGGGUGGUCAUUCAUACGAAAUCCUACAAAUUUGCUACCUCGUAAAAUACGUACGAUAUUUCGCGAAAUGUACAAAUUCGUACGAGUGAGGGCGUGAGAUCGGGUUGUGAACUAUUUACUAUUUAAACUGUUCAUUUUACAAACUGUUAACCCAAAUUCAUCCUGCUUGCGAUUAAGUUCGCUGUUAUGAUUUAACCAUGACUGAAUUUACAAACUAUUUGUACAUUCUCACAUACAACGUUGCGUUCAAUUUAAGCACGCACAGAAUGAAUUUGCAAAUGUCUACAAAACCAUUUUUUUUCAUAUAACUUAAACACAAGCAGAACGAAUUUGUGCACAUAAUUUGUAAAUGCAUUGUUAAAUUGAACAAUAAAAGUUUUUUUUUUUUUACGAACUAUUUACCCAAAUUCAUUCUGUUUGCGUUUAAGUUCAUUUAAUCGUGACUGGAUUCACAAACUUUUUGUACGUUCUCUGAUCAAUCAUCGCUUUAAGUUUAAGCGCAUACAGAAUGAAUUUGCGAAUGUUCAUAAAACCGAGUUUGCGUACAUUUUCGUGGCAAAAUGCAUCCGUUUGUUCUGCUCGUUGUUUACGAAACGACAUCCACUGAAUAAACUCACAGCUUCCUUCAGUUGUACCAACCUAAAUAUGGUGUCUAAUUCUAACUCUGGUUUAUUUUAAGCAUUAGCCAUUUUGAUUUAUAUCAUAGACGGCUACGUGAUAGAUCAACUUCUGCGUUUCAGCCCAGAAAAUGCAUGUGAAAUGCGAAAAGUACUCUUGGUUUUGGAAAACGCCACUAGAACGAUAAUGGCAGAUAAUUGUUUGGUCUUCCGCCAUGUCUGGUGACUGUUGCUUGCUGUGUAGAAAGAAACCUAGCAUGUUGGUCUCCAAAGGUUGACAAUAAGUGUUUUGUAGCUAUCUGGGCAGUAGGCCAUUGCUGCUAAGACGAUUUCUGUUGAAGUGGUGCAAGAGAUUCGAGUCUGAAGUCAAACGGCGGUGGCUCUGAUGUCAGUGUCUGGAGUUUGUCUGACCAGUGCCUUGUGAUUUUUGAAGUGUCUCCAUUUUAUUCAGCUGUCGCUCGGUUGGAUUCCCAUAGCAACAGGGCCAAUACUCUCAAAUGUCAUUCUCUGGAGCGCUGAAAGGCACAAGCAUUGAUUGUUUGAACAGUUGCGCUGCCGUAGAUCUCAGACUGUCGUGAUUCAGUUCUUCGGGGACGUGUUUGUUUAGACUGUGGCUGUGAUGAUCAACAUACGCCGUGAGUCAUCAAGGCAGGAAGACUGACCAGUUCCUUCAUCAAGAAAACAAAUUCGUUAGCGAACAACCUUUUGUAUCAAUUUCCCUCCUGUACUGUUUGUUCUUUUCCCUUGUUGAGAUUUGUAUUUAUAUGUCUGACAAAAAUGCUAAGAUCUGAAACCAUUUUGGAGGUCAUUGUGUUUUUAUUAAGGUCAUAAUAAAUGAUUUAAUGACUAG